UUAAUAUUUAAAAAGUUUAUCUUAAUUUUUUGACUAAAGACAUGACAUCACUUGUCCGAAAAUCAACCGCUUCCACAAGCCCUAUCCCAGAUACAGACCCCGGUUACCUAGAGAUCGAGGACAUAUUUUCCAAGAUAGUUGCUAAACUUGCUGAAAAGUACGCAUAUACUCCCCCUGACUGCCCUGAGAAGGACCUAUUCGAGGAAGAUCUAUCCAUCAAGAAGUUGCUAACCUACCUGGUCUAUGUGAAGCACUUGUCACUGAAGAAAGUCACGAAGAUAGUGAACAAACUUGAAGAUAACUUUAAGGAAUACAAGGACGGGAUUUAUUACGACUAUGUCGUUGAGGAGUUCAGCGAGGCUAAGAAGUUGUUCAUUGGGAGGCCAGCGAGUUUUUGGGUGAGAGGGAAGGAAGGAGAAGGGCUGAUGAAAGGAACUUUGUUCCCGGAUUUGACCUGUGAGGGGAUGAAGGAGGUUAAAGGACCUAGCAAGCAAAAGAUUCAUGAAAUUUUCCAAGUAAUCACCACCCUAACUAAUCUCGUCCAAAGCUGGAACCCUGACGCCACUCUCGCCCCUUACGGCUCCUUAGUGAACGGUUUCUGUAUCGAAAAUAUCAGCGAUAUAUAGACUUGACUUUGAUCCUUGAGAAAUGGAAAGACAAGCAUCCUUCAGAGUACGCUCACUUUUUGAAGAAAGUAUUAGUCGAAGAUACAUUAAGCUGAUGGAACUUGAUAGAGACAGAGAAUGUGUGCUUGCUUAUGUGCGAUGAUUACUGUGGAUUUGAGGUUGAGAUCUGUUUUAAUAAUAUCACAGGUAUGGUCAAUAGCGAGUAUAUCAGGACUCUGGCAGAGGUAGAUUAUAGAUUUCAUGAAGUUGGCAUGUAUCUUAAGUAUUUCAUUAGUCAAGAAAGAAUAUUCACUAAGAUGAACAAGCUGAAUUCCUUCAGUGUUCUUUGAAUGCUGAUUGUGUAUUUGCAAGAUGUAGUUGAUCCUCCAGUACUCCCAAGAAUCAUUAGAGAGAAAACUCUCCAAGAUGACAAGAUCUCUGGCCUCUUCCCAAAGUAUUCUUGAGCAAGAGACAAUGAGAGAAAAGUAAAGCUUUACCCAAUAGAUGUUGAUUUUGAAACUGAUACUAGGAAGAUCUUAACAAAAUUCACUUAUCAGUUGAAAAAGAGACAAGAAAGAGAAGGAGGAUAUCUUUAUAACAAUUCUACAUCACUUGAUCUCUUUAGAGGAUUCAUGCAUUACUAUUUCAAUGGAGGAGGCUUUGACUUCAUUCAUGAUGUUGUUAAUACAAGAAUUGGGAAAAUUCAACGGCUAAAAGAACUGAAGACAAAUCUUGAAGACAGCAAGUUUGGUAUCUCUUUAGCAAACAGGAAGACUCUUUCUGAAUGUGUUAUAGGUGUUCUUGACCCUUUCAACCUUCACUAUGUCCCAUCAAGAGGAUUUAGAUUGAGCCGUAAGAAUGUGUUUGCCAUGAUAGAUUGCUUCUUGGAGCCUUUUUACACAAGAAAUCAGUAAUAAAAUUUAAGUUUUGAUAUUUCAAUUAGCUGAAA